AUGGUCCCAUUCGGGCACAUAAACGGCACGUGGAAGCUUUCGGAAAUAUAUAAGCUCCUUGCAAAUUUAAGGGCGCUGGUUAGUUGGGUGGACGGGUGUUUCCGAAAGUGA